CACACUACAAAGUAUGGCUUCGAUUUUACCUGCUUCCAAUAAACCCAUGAGAUCUGACCAGAAUACACAUGUUGGAAAAAGUUUUGUUCAUGUUAAAAAUCCUUACCUGGAUUCUAUGGAUGAAGACAUUCUCUAUUGCUUGGAUUUGGGAACAAAAACACACAACCUAGCAGCAAUGUUUGAGGAUGUAAAGCAUGGCAUGGGGAUCCCCUCCAUUUUGAUCAUGCUGCAUGAACUCAUCAAAUUACUGCACCAUGCCCAGUCCUGUGAUGUCAUCAUGAUCAGAGUGGGUACAUCAGGGGGAAUAGGGGUCACACAGGGGUCUGUUGUAAUAACAGACACAGCUGUGGACUCCUUCUUCAAGCCCAGAUUUGAACAGGUUGUCUUGGACAACGUUGUCACCCGAAGUACUGAACUUGACAAGGAACUGGCGGAGGAACUAUUCAACUGCAGCAGAGAAAUUCCUAACUUCCCAACCCUCAUUGGACAUAGGAUGUGUACCUAUGAUUUUUAUGAAGGCCAGGGUCGACUAGAUGGAGCCCUGUGCAGCUUUUCCAGAGAGAAAAAGGUAGAUUACUUGAAGAGAGCACAUAUAGCUGCUGUCAGGAAUAUCGAGAUGGAAUCUACAGUGUUUGCGGCCAUGUGUAGACUCUGUGGUCUGAAAGCUGCUGCGGUCUGUGUGACACUCCUGGACAGACUUGAAUGUGACCAGAUCAACUUGCCCCAUGAUAUCCUGGUGGAGUACCAACCACAGCCCCAGCUUCUAAUCUCCAACUUCAUCAAACAGCGGCUUGGACUGCGUGACCAGCCAUCAUAA